AUGAGCUAUCUAGACUUCGCCUACAAGAAAUUCCAACCUCCGCAAACCGAAAUUCUAUAUUUGGUCGAGCUUGGAACACUCCAAAUUCGAGACCAGAAGAACGAAUGGUUUGGGGUUUGUUUUCUUCUUCGAUUAUUGCAGAUGCCUUUUAAUGCGAGGAAAAGCUACGCCUGCGAUGCCGAGGACUGCAGACAGACGUUCAGCACCGCGGAUAAGCUGAGUUCUCAUAGGAAAACUCACAAAGUCCCGCUGCUAGUGCUUCCGUCUGCGGAACCUCAGAGAUCAGAAGGUCCUCAGCCGGACGAUACGCCUGCGAGAUUCACCAAACUCAUGGAUGCAGCAGGCUUGGCGCAAGAUCUCUCGAACCCUUUCGAUGCUUCCUUCCGGAAAGCCGGGGAGAACCCUCCCCACAUGAACUUGAUCGAUGCAGAAGCUCAAGCGGGGAAUAUAAUUCCUCCUACAACUGCCGAAGUUCUUCAAGAGGUCGUUGAGCAGGAGCAACCCAUGUGGAAAAGUGAGACCGGUGAAUCGAGGGCUCCCGUAAUCACUACGAGAACAUCAGCACAUCACCUCCUUCAUGAGCUUCCCGAGAAUGGCUCCCGAGGUCCUGCAAUAGCAGUGAGCAACUUGGAUCCAGUGACAAUAAAGAACUCAGACUCGCCGCCUCCUUCGAGUCACAACCCAGUCAGUUUACUGGGACUGCCGUCAGUGGCCAUCAAUCACCAAAUGAUAGGUAUGCUGCAUGGAAACUCAAACCUUAACCUGAACAGGCACUUCACACCGCACUUCUCAUCUCCGCCACUUGGCACGACUCACGACUCACGUGGUCAACCGCUGAUGAUGCUUCCCGAGGCUCCAGCUGGACCGCAUCAUUCGUCUGCAACGCGCGGAGGAAUGAAGCGCAAAAGCGGUGGUGGUAGCAGUGACGAUGAAGAGGAGCGGAAAAGAAAGUUCCGAGAGAAUAACAAGCUUGCGGCUCAAAGGUGUCGACAGCGGAAGAAGCAGGAAAUCGAGGAUACGCGAAAAGAGCGUGAUCGGUUGAAGGAAGAAAAUCAGAAAUUGAGCGCCAAAUUAGAACUCUGCCUACAGAACGAGGAUAAGCUACGAGAACAAUACGAAAAGCUCAAGAUCGACUUCGCGGAACACGCGCAGUGCAAUGUCACGCUGAAGAAGCGAGGCGUUAUACAAUACCCGAGUCUUUGAGAACACGGCAGAACUCGCGUGAAUUGUUACAUUUUCUCCAUAUCAAUCGGCCUAUUCCAAUAUCUCAUGAAUGGACUUUCCUCCCUUCGUGAGCCAGAUUCUAAGUCUCUCAAUCCGUCCAGUCGCCUAUGUGCCGCAAUGUCUGCCUCCGUUCGUUCGGAUGAAUGAUCCCUGCCCGACCGGAUCGAUACUUCUUACAAACGUGGUGAUGAUUGCUCGCCGAUCGGAUGAAACAGGCGGCUGUAUACGUGCUGGAUGGCGUAAAUGGAUGCCGACUGGAUCAAUUAGGGUAAAGUACGAAUGCAAUUGUCGAGUCUAAGUCAUGAAAUGCGAAUCGCCGUACUCGAGGUUUCUGAGGGGUACACGAUUAGCGACCAGCAAUUCGAGUAGAUAGACACUCGCAAUAAGUUUUCUUUUGAAGACUUCAUCUUGUUGUUUCGAGUAUAUAUCAUUUCUACGAUGUACAUAUUUAUACAUGAUUCGUCACGGUGCGACGAAGAUCGGGGAUGGCGCAUCAGUCCGAGCGACCUGACCUCAUCUCCUGUCCCCUGGGGUAAGGCAAUAUUAUUAGGCGAGAUGAGGCUCCUCCGGAUAGCUGUCUCGCCUGCAGAUCGUUAAUCCCGUUACGCGUGCAUUCGGUACUCGUGAGAAUAUGGAUGAAUGCAUGUUCGGGGACCCGUUGUAUUCUUUCCUAGAGGAGCUGCUCCGGGAAUCC